AUGAAUAAUACUAAUUGCAGACCAUUGGGUAUUGCAGCAUCUCGUAAAAAAAGGAUAUGUAUAGCUCAAACGGAUGCUACAUUAACUUCUAUUUCAUCAGAGAAAGCUAUUUCACAAGUAACACCUACUAUUUUGCUUGGUGCAUCUCCAGAAGAUGAUGAUAUAACACAAGUUGAAGCUCUAUACAAAUCAGCUAGUGAACAAACAGACAUUUGUCUCUCAGCAGCAUUAUUACGAGGAACAUUACAUGAAUGUGAUCAAUUGAUACAAGAAAACAAAAACCAACAACUAAAUUCAAAUAAAAAUGAAAUUCAUCAUCAAGAAGGCAAUCCAAAGAACACUAUAACUGAGCGUUAUUUACGGGUUUAUAUAAUCUACGCAAUGGCAUUAUUAGAUUUGGCGCGAUUAACAAGUGAAGGAAUGGAUGUUCAAGUAAAUGGGGCAAUUGAAAGCGAUACAGAUACAAAAAAAAACAUAGAGGAUCUAAAGGAUGACGUUUUUACUGAUGGCAUCAAAUUGGCAGACAGUUUGUCCCAUGAUAAAAAGUUAAAUAGUCAAAAAUUAAUCAAUAAAGAUUUAGAAAUAGAAAAUAACAAUAUAUCAAAUGAUGUAAACAAAAAAAAAGAAAAUUCUAUUAAAACACGUAGUUCUUCUAUUUCAACAACUUUAAUGCUAAUUGACGCUGCUAUUGAUCGCUGUAAUGCCGGUCUUGCUCUAAAUUUAAAUGGAUCUAACUUGCCAAUAAAUCAUAAUGCAGACUUAUUAACUUUGCAGCACCUUCGUGGAAGAGCAAAACUUACUAAGCUUAUGCAUCAAGCAUAUCGGCCAUAUGAUUCUAUCAAAAAUAUCUUAAAAAAUGCGAUGGAUGACCUAGAUGUUUUGAAUUCUACAAAUAUGUAUUGCAACAUUACGUAUCUUCUCCACUGGAUAGCAACAGUUGGAGACGAUUGCCAAGAUAUUUUGGAAAAAAAAGCAAUUAAUGACUGGGUUGCAUCCAAAUGGCAUCUUUUAUUAAAAGAAAAUGAGUCAGAUGCAGAAGCAUUGGAAGGUUUAGGUUUUAUUGAGCUUUCAAUGUCCAAUGCUUAUCUUGAACCAAUGGAAGAGAUGGAUGAAAUAGAUGAAACUACUGAAGCAGCAAUACAGGCCGAAGCACAUAUGAAUAAUGCUAUUUCCUAUUUUAUGAAAGCAUACAACAUACAAGAAGAAAAAGGUGUUCCAACAAACUUGCUUAUAAUGAUAGUGGAAGCAAAAAUAUCACUAGCUAAUCUGAAAGAUGAAAAUGAACGAUCUGAAGGAUAUAAAGACGCAUUAAAGUAUUUGAAAAAAAUUGAUCCACGUCAAUCUCACCGACUACCGAAUCAUUUAUGGGAUAUUUUAAAUGAACUCGAUGCAUCAUAA